AUGUAUCGUUCCACUACCCUAGGGAUUGCCCUCGACCAGGUGUUGGACGAGUUUGUUCGAGAUGGUCAUAUUCCACCACAGCUUCAACAACGCGUAAUGUCUACGUUUGACAAGUGUAUCAACCAUGCUUUGAGUAAUCGUUUAAAAAACAAGACUACUUUUAAAGUGAGUUUAGUAAAAAAACUUAUGGCUUUAACAAUGAAAAAUUGUUAUAGGUUUUAUGACGAAUAAUUUAAAACGUCAAUGUAAAGGUUACGCGUAUAAAAACUAGUUUUAGGCUGACAAACUCCGAGCUUAUCGUUUCUGCGACAAUGUUUGGACUUUCCUUAUGAACAAAGUCGAAUUCCGCGAUUCAUACAGAGCCAUUGAAGGCCCGAUUGAACGUGUUAAAGUCGUCGCAUGUGAUGCUGCGGUACAAAAGCGUGCUGCUUGA